CCGCACCACCCCUCCGGCCCAGACCGGAAAUGAGGUCAGACAGGGAAACCCCGGCGGGGAGACUCGGCCCCCAAAGCGGCGGCCGUUGGAGGUGCCUCUGGCAGCUGAUGUGGCCUCAUGGAUGAGCUGGUACAUGACUUAGCCUCAGCCUUGGAGCAGACAUCUGAACAGAAUAAGCUUGGUGAGCUGUGGGAAGAGAUGGCCUUGAGCCCCCGGCAGCAGAGGCGGCAGCUUCGCAAACGGAGAGGCCGGAAGCGCCGUUCAGACUUCACUCACCUGACAGAGCAUACCUGCUGCUACAGUGAGGCUUCUGAGUCCAGUCUGGAUGAGGCCAUUAAGGACUGUCGAGAAAUGGCCCCAGUCACCAAUUUUAGUGAUUCUGAUGACACAAUGGUAGCCAAACGGCACUCAGCUCUCAACACCAUUGUUAAGAGUAAGCAACAUUCUUGGCAUGAAUCUGACUCCUUUACUGAAAAUGCACCUUGCCGACCGCUCAGGCGCAGGCGGAAAGUGAAGCGAGUGACAUCAGAGGUGGCUGCCAGCCUUCAGCAGAAGCUCAAGGUGUCAGAUUGGAGCUAUGAGAGAGGGUGUAGGUUCAAGUCUGCUAAGAAGCAGCGUCUGUCGCGCUGGAAGGAGAAUACUCCCUGGACCUCUUCAGGCCACGGAUUGUGUGAAUCAGUAGAAAACAGGACUUUUCUAAGCAAAACAGGAAGGAAAGAAAGGAUGGAGUGUGAAGCAGAUGAACAAAAACAGGGCUCUGAUGAGAACAUGUCAGAAUGUGAAACCAGCAGUGUGUGUAGCAGCAGUGACACAGGGCUCUUUACCAACGAUGAAGGACGGCAAGGGGAUGACGAGCAGAGUGAUUGGUUCUAUGAAGGAGAAUGUGUCCCCGGAUUCACUGUCCCUAAUCUUCUGCCCAAAUGGGCUCCUGACCAUUGCUCUGAAGUAGAAAGAAUGGAUUCUGGACUGGAUAAGCUUUCAGAUUCCACGUUCCUUUUACCUUCUCGGCCAGCUCAAAGAGGGUACCAUGCUCGCUUGAAUCGUCUGCCUGGAGCUGCAGCUCGAUGCCUCAGAAAGGGGAGAAGGAGGCUUGUUGGGAAGGAGACCAGCAUAAGCACUUUGGGUACUGAGAGGAUAGGCCACAUCAUUAGUGACUCUCGGCAGAAAGAAAAGAAUAAAGUGUUGGCUUCUGAUUUUCCUCACAUUUCUGCUUGUGCACAUGAGUUUAAUCCCCUUUCUCCCCUUUACUCUCUGGAUGUUCUUGCUGAUGCUUCUCACCGAAGGUGUUCGCCAGCACACUGCUCUGCCAGACAGGCAAGCAUACACUUGGGACCCCCAUGCUCACAUGACAUCAAGAGGAAACGGAAGCCUGUGGCCACAGCAUCUCUGUCUAGCCCAAAUGCAGCAGUCUCAUCAGCUCAUGCGGAUGCGAUGGAGCCAGCCACACCAGCACCGCAGGCUCCGAAAUCUCCAAAUGCCGAGUGGUUGGUCAGGACCUCUGCCACAGAGAAAACCGCUGAUUCAGCUGCAGCUGCGUUUUUUAAAACACCACAAGAAAAGAGCCCUGGAUGCAGCUAGAGAGCAGUAGUUCACCCACCAGGAGCCAAUGGGUGUUGUGAAACAAAUGUUAGAUUUUGUAUUAUAUAGUCUUGUAUAGCUUAAUUGAUAUUUCCAGUCUAUCACCAGGACUGGCUCUUUCCUCUUCAAACAAAACAGUGGACUCUCUCUUAGAAAAUCAUAUUGUGGAAAUCUGUGUUUUUUUUUUAAAAAAAAGUGAAGUAUCGGGGCAGCAGUUUUUAAAAAAAAAAUCAUCAUAUGCUAUAUUUGUUACACUGCUAUUGCUGUCUCAGCAGUUACCUACAGCUUCAUUUACAGAGCUGUUGCUUUUUUGCAGGUGUGUCUUUUUUCUUGAAAACUAGUAACUGCUUUUGCAUACUUUUUGUGUAGAGCUUUUAGUAUUAUUUGAGGAAGUUCCAAAUUUGCAGUCAGUUAUAGACAAAUUUAAGCACCGAGUUAAGACCAGUGUGUGGAAUUGUGUUUGCAGGAGGUAAGACCUUGCUUUCAGCCUGGCCUUGCUCCACUCAGAGUGCCAAUAAGAUAAAUCUACCAGGGUCUCAGUUUGGAGCCUCAGAAGCGACUCUAGCAGCAUGGGACUUGGGGACUCCGUCCAGUCUUCUAGAUGGCCUACUGGGAUCGCCGGCAGCUGCAUUGCCCUUUGCUUCAUCUCCAAAGUUCGUGUUCUACCAAGAGGACAUUUUAGACACACACACAGACACACACAGACACAGACACACAGACACAGACACACACACACUCUGGUGUAAUGAAGAUGGUUUACCUGUACAGCACACUUAGAGUAGUCAGUGGAUUAUGUCUUAAUACUUCAUGUUGCAGUGUAGGCCUUUAUGUACUCAAUGGGAUUUUAUCGUUAGUUUACAGGUCAAUAACCUGCAGCAGAUAUUCAUUAUCUAUUAUAAUAAUGGCUUCUUGGGGUUAUACUUUGGGGAGGAAACAUGUCUUUUGACAUGCUUUAUACUUGGAGUGUUUGUGACAGCUCACUGCGUGUAGAGUUAUGUACACAGCCAUGCCUGAAGUUGGAUGCUCUUUUGUCAAAAUGAGGAAUAAGCGACUGCCUAGAGCUGCCGGAGGAAAGCCACCCUCUCUAAAGAAAGUGUUACCCAGUGUUUUUCUUUCAGGGGCCCGGUUGUUAGAAGGGUUCUUUUUUGGUACAAAUGGAGUACAUUUACUCAGAAAUAUACAGAAACUUCUCCAAGUGCCCACUGCUCUGGCACUGCUCUGGAGGCGCUCCCACUCACACCAGGAGAGUUUUUGUGCUUAAAUAAGUGCGGAGUGGGGCAGCCUCCUCCCUGGAGGGCCGGUGUCCCUUCUCACACAGAACAUGACUGGGCUGCUUUAUCCUGUUCACUUUAAAAAGUAUAGCCUUUAUCAGUAAUAGCUCUAGAAUGUCCUUCUGUGGGGUUGGUGUGAAUCUAGGAGGAGGGGGGACUGAAGCUAAGUUAUGUGGCGCUUUAUGUAAGACUGAGAACAUCAGUUGUCCCUAACAAGGAGUAUGGUGAAGGGAGGGCCAAAUGGAGAUUAUGGGGUGAGGAGGAAAGCUAAAACCAUCCCAGCAUCCCUGGGAGUCACCCCGGUUCCCAUGUGGUAGAGUGUACUGCCCUUCCCCGUAAGCCACACCCAUAGCAGUAGACAAGAUGGAAUGUCUGUUGAAUACAAAAUGGCACUGCUGAAUUGUGUAGUGAUGAAGGUAGGCUUCAUUGUCUUAUAUGCAUUCUUAACCUAGCCCCAUCGUGUCCUGAGGCACACAUUUCUAACAUACUUUGUUGGAUUUGAGAGAGAAAGCGGUGAACAUAAUUUUAUUUUCUUUGCACUAAGCUCUGUGGCUCAUGCAGAGAUUGGUCCUGUGAUCAUAACCUAUUAAGGCCUCCAUAGUUCAGGUAGAAUCUUUUCUUCAUGGCAUGUUGCCUGACAGUUCUUUUUACCUGUGAUUAAAAGUAGUCUAUGUAUAUAGCUUUACAUUUUAAACAUCUCUAUGAUGUAAAGGUAGGUGACCCCUGCCAUUUUCAGAGACAAGUUAAGUGACUUGCUCAAAAGCACGUAAUCAAGCCAGGAUUAAAAUCCAGACUUUCAGACUUUCUCUGCCCUGGGUUAAAAUCUCUUGUUUUUCAUUGAUAGACCUGAGUUGCUCUGAGGCCCAUGGUUUUGAAAUAGGAUGCUAUGAAUGUUUAUCAUCUUUCUUGGGCAUGCUUUUCUACAUAUUUUGAAUAGUUUCAACAGGGAUCACCCAAAAAUGCCAUAUCUACGUAUAAUAAUAAGGGGAAAAAAUUAAUUGCCUAAGAAAAUAGCAAUUAAGUACACAAGUACUUUGCAAAACAGGUUUUUAAAUUGUUCUUGUAAGCUGCUGCGUGAGCCUGCUUACAGAAUUAUUAACUUAUUCUGCUGGUUUUCUUUAUGAAUCAAUUGCAGAGGAACCGUAGAAUCGAGUAUAUUUUGAAUCUUAAUAUGGCAAAUUAUAUAAUGUCAUAAAUUAAGAGAAGUCUUUUACCUCUCAACAAAAGGUAUAAUUUCAAAAUCAGGUUUUGUAAUAUGUUAAAGAAAUCUCUAAUGGCAUUACUUCCUUUGAGGAUAAUCCUUGAGCUUACAUGUAUUUGAUCUUCUCAAAAGUAAUAACAGACUGAGUUCCAUAGUUCUUAUUUCAGGGUUCUGGGUUAUCCCAACUGGCUACACAGUCUGCCUGUCUGAAUCCUAAUCUUGUGUGUUUUUCACAAUAGGCAAAAGUCAAGACAUUAUCUGCUACUGUCAUCAUAAAAGUUAGUUUUGCUUAUGAAUUUAAGGGAAUUUGAGAUUAUUUUUCAGAUGCAAUAUUUCAAAGGGAACAACUUCAUUUGCAUCAGAACUCUUAUGUUGCUUUUUGAUAAGAACUUUUUAGAAGAGGAAAGUAGUAACUGUUUACAUGGUGCCAAAUUUGGGAGGGGCAGAAUAUGGUCUUUAUUGACUGGUGUGUGUUUUUAAACUUGAACUUUUUAGAAAGCAAAUGCAAUUAAAAAUUUUAGAUGACAUUGUUUUGCUGGGAUAUGAAACAGGCCGCAAAACAAGGCCAUUUGGGCACCAAAUUACCAAAAGCUGAAAUCUAAUCUGUACUGCUUAUGGCAUCUUAUGCUAAGUAAAAUGCCACACCUAGAACAGGUAAUGAAACUCUAUAAAUGGCAAAUAGAUUAAUUUGAUGUAUCUUUGAAUUUUGGAGUUAGAAACACAAUUUAGACCACAGCAGUGGAAGUUCUGACUCUGCAAAGUAAAGGAGCAGAGUUAUCACAGAAGUCUCUUAGAGAAGGGAGCUGGCUGGUGCUAUCACUGUUGAUGUGAUGGCUUCUCCACUUUGGCCCUGGGCUGCUGAUGGUGUGUGAUUCAUUUCAGGUCUUUGCUGUGUUUUGACUUCUUACUGUGCUCCUGAGCCAUACACUUUUUGUUUCAUGGGCUCUGUAAAAACCUCAGCAUUAGAAGCCAUGCUCAGUAUUCUGUAUGUUGGGUGAGCCUUAUCUGAGCCGGGUUGAGAGCAGAGUGGCUUACCUGGCAGCUGUGGAGGCAGCCUGCUUAGGGGUGCAUAGCUUGUAGGACGUGUCAUGGUUUGUGGGGUGGCAGGAGGGACGAUAGAAGCAGUUUGCGCUUGCUGUCGGCUGCUCCUUUGUAAGUGCUCGAGCUGUCCCUUUUACUUGUCAGGAUUUCCUUAUCUCCCCCUCCAGCCAUGACAGUUAGUGGAGUUACUGAUGGCGGCAGCGACCAAGGGGCUCCUACCCAUCAGGACACCCGUACAGAGGGAAGAGGUGAGGAAAUUGGGUUCCACUAUUAGCACCAAACACAGUGGCCUAGAGAUGCUUUCGCCUACAUUAAGGCCACAGCAGAUGAACAUCAGAUGUUGGGGGACAGCAACAUUGAAAAGAAACGAGGAAGAUGAGUAAUACUGCUCAAGAGUGGAUUAUAAGGUUUUUAACAAGCCCAGCCAGACAAACAUGACUGAAGAAUUAAUUCCCUGCCACUGCAGACAGACAUAGGCUCUCCGUAAAAGUGCCAAAUUUGGGGAAUAAAACAAUUUAAAGCACAGUAUUGAAGAGGGCAUAUCCUGAAGGUGUUCACAAAGGAAAGCAAUCUUGGCCAGGGGAAGAGAGGGGGAGAUGCUUACAAGAUACUAGGAUGGCUAGACCAAUGGCAUCAGCACCCUUGGCCCCACCAGACCUACUGAAUCUGAAACACUGAGGGAGGGUGGAGGGGUGGCUCAGUUUGUUGGAGUGUUGUCCUGUACACCGAAAGGUUGCAGGUUCGAUUCCUGGUCAGGACAUAUGCCCAGGUUGAGGGUUCAGUCCUCAGCUGGGGUGGAUAUGGGAGGUAACUGAUGAAUAUUUCUCACAUUGAUGUUUCUCAAAUCAAUAAUAUAUCCUCUGUAGGAUUUUUAAAAGUAUAGAGAUGUUUUGUGUAUGAUAUUUUGCAGUUGCUAUUAAUGUCUUUGCUUCCCAUUCCCUUCCCCUCAAGCCCCUGAAAAGUCACCUGGAAAUAUUGAGAAAGGGUAACGUAGAGAGAAAUGCCAUCAAGGCCAAGGUUAGGUGGAUGGAGACCGUUUUAAAAAUCAAUUAAAGUAGAACCGUGAACUUUUA